AAGGCCCACCUCAAAACGAAUGAAUACAAUUCAGAAAUAUCUAGAUGUUUAUGAUUAUAAGAGAAACAGCUAAGAUUCUAUAGUCCUCUGUCUUCUUACUUUGGGUGGCAAGUGUAGCUUCGGAGGACACUUCUGUCCCUGCUCCUGCACUUGAGUGGAGAAUAUUCUACUGAAUCAGUGAAGCCUCUCAACUUGUGCCACAGGCUGAAGCUGCCCACUUUCUACAUAUUCACGUCAUGGGCCUUCUCUUUGGGAUUGAGACUGAUAAGGGCAUGUCAGAAACCAUUUUAUGUCAUUGCCUGUAUACCAGAGAAGGAAAGGGUUACUUGAGCUCUGGCUGUCCUAGAACUGGAUCUAUAGCCCAGGCUGGAUCACAGAGUUCCCCCUGCCUCUGCCUCUCUAGUGUUGGAGUAAAGGCGUGCACCACCACUACCGGGCUAAUUUUUCUAAGUUUAUUUUUUUUUCUCAAAAAUGUUGAAUAUACAUUUUUCUUAUUUCCACUCAUUUAAAUACAUUGUUACUUAAUGUGGGAGUGGUGAGAAAAUGCUCUUUGAGUCACAGAUGUCUUUUAAUCUGUGAAGUUACAUCUUCAUCAAAGCAAAUUGAUACUCAAACAAUUGGCCGUUAAUUCUCCUUAUCCACUCAUUACAAAGAGAGUGAUUAGGAGACUCAGUGUGUCAAGGGACUGACAAAUUAGUCUCUACCCGAAGAUGUCUGCCUUUAAGGACCACAGUGAACAGUGACCAGAAGAUGGGAGGGGUAAGUCAGACGCCUGGGCCAGCACACAGGGCUCUCAGGGAGACUGCUGGCACCUAACUGCUUCAUUGGAGGAUCACACAUACACACCUGGUUCCUCAUCACUAUGCUGCUCCCCGCUGCUACUUGGCACUCACCUUUAAAACUAAAGGUAAACCAUCUCUCUUCAUCAGUUUACAUUGUUUAUCCAUUUAUGAACUUUUCCCCUUUGUCCAAGUUUCUGCUUGCCAUUUAUUGGUUAUUUGGGACACUCUUGGAGGAGGAGCUGCUUCCUCAGGAGCCACACACUUGUCCUUUGCUUAGGAGGCCAGUUCCUUGCAGCUGUCUGUGGGUCUGCUAAAGCAGACACUCCCAUAUGUGGACAGUGGUUUCUUCACAAGGGUGCAGAUGUUGAAAAACUGAAGACCUGGAUGGUUGUUGCAGACUAAAAAGCUAAUUAAUACCACAGAUAAGUACUAAUUAGAGGCAAAACGAAUUAGCCCUAACUUAAAGCCUUAUGGAGGCAAACCUUUUUUUGAAGCUCAGUAGUGGGUUAGGCACACAUUUUUUAAGAUUCAGUUUAUUUAAGGAGAGAAAAAGUCAAAAUUUAAAUCUCCGAGAGACUUCUCUAAGAAUAAAAAGGACAAGCUCGGCAGUGGUGGUGCACACCUUUAAUCCCAGCACUUGGGAGGCAGAGGCAGGAGGAUCUUUGUGAGUUCAAGGCCAGUCUGGUCUACAGAGUGAGUUCCGGGAAAGCCAGGGCUACACAAGAGAAUCCCUGUCUCAAAAAAACUCAAAAUUUAAAAAUAAAGAGCAAGCGUCUCGGCACUCGGAUUGUUCUAUGGUAUUUCUCGCUUUACGGGGGUCAUGUGGUGGCAGUGUGGGGCAGGGUCAGAAUUGGUUACUUAGUGAAAUUAAGUGUUGUCCAGGCUGGUCUCCCAACUCUGGUCCAAAGAACGGCAGCCUUGCUCCACUGAAACGACGCUGUGUGCCAGUCAGUCCCCGUCAUCCAGCUUUAAGGAGGUCGAUUUUACCUACAUCAUGUUGCAUCCUUUGAAUAGAGAUUAGGUGUUAGUAAAAGUGACCCUCCUUAACUAGAUAAGGGACAGUAUUUACUCUUUAUACCCACGUUUAAGCUUUUCCGUAGAAUAAAUAAUUUAGAUUAGCCAUAUUAGUAACAUAGCUAAGGCAUCAGAAAAUUCUGUGGUCCCCAGAUAGGUGAGCACUUGGGUCCACAGUGUCUGAGAACCAUUUUGUCAAAGCUGCUUUGGUUUGGAAACGUGCAUGCCUAUGGGGGCGGCCGGGGUGUGGAUUCAAUGGAGCCUAGUCCACAGCUAGAGGCGCAAGGCCAAGGCCCUGUUCUCAUCAGAAGACAGCUGGGGACCUCUUGGAGGUCCAGACUGGAAAACAAGCCCAUAUCCAGCCCUUUCCCCUGGGCCGGGUAAGUCACUGGUCACGCGAUCAGGGCCCGGGUCGCCCUUAGCUCGCCGAGGCUGUUCGCGCCUGCGCAGCUCGGGUUGCCUUGGAUACCGCACGCCACAAUCGCGCGCACGCUCUGGAGCUGAGGGCGGUUGGGCCUCAGUUCCCCAGGAGCGGGCAAAGGAGCCGGCAAGAAGCGCCCCCCCGCCGCUGCGCUGACCCCCGCUGACCCCUGUCUCCCCUCCCCGCAGCUCACCGGAUCGGAUCGUCGCGGGCCGCCGCGCUCUGCCCUGAGCCAUGCCGCUGCCCGACACAAUGUUCUGCGCGCAGCAGAUUCACAUCCCCCCGGAGCUGCCCGACAUCCUGAAGCAGUUCACCAAGGCUGCCAUCCGCACGCAGCCGGUGGACGUGCUGCAGUGGUCGGCGGGGUAUUUUUCAGCCCUGUCCAGAGGAGACCCACUUCCUGUAAAGGACAGGAUUGAAAUGCCCGUGGCCACGCAGAAGACUGACACAGGCCUGACCCAGGGACUCCUCAAAGUCCUGCACAAGCAGUGUAGCCACAAACAAUACGUGGAAUUAAAAGAUCUUGAGAAGAAGUGGAAAAAUUUGUGCCUGCCGAUAGAAAAGUUCAGAGCUAUCCUGGAACUGGAUCCAUGUGAUGAAAAAAUUGAGUGGAUAAAAUUUUUAGCACUUGGAUGUAGCUCCCUGGGUGGGUCACUGAAGGCCGCCAUGAAGAAUGUCUGUGAGAUCCUCACUGAAGACCCAGAGGGCGGGCCUGCUCGAAUUCCCUUUGAUACUUUCUCCUACAUCUACCAGUACUUGUCUGGACUGGACCCAGAUCACCCGCCCGGGGAGAGAGAGCUCUUUCUUGCCACUUUAAGAGAGAAGUCAGAAUCUAGAAAGAAUAACAUGAUAGGACUUUCGGACUUCUACCUUGGAAAAAAGACAUAGGAAGCCUUGACAAGAAAGCUCUGAAGAAUAAACCAUUAAUACAGAGGAACACAUUUAAUGGAGUGCAUUUGAAAACCUUGGUG